GCCAAGCAAGGUAGGACAUUAUUUGUUGGCUGGGCACUUCCCAAUUUUCCCUAUUAUUUCCCCAAAUUUUAUACUUUAUACUUUUCCAAUGGCAACUUGUUCAUUUCAAUCCAUGGUUCCUUCAAUUUCAGGCCUAAAAUCAUCAUCUUCUUCUUCAUUUUCUUAUUCUUCUGUUACCCUUUUCCCUGUUAAAUUUAUAACAAAAUUUUCAAAUACUACAAAUUUGAGGAAAAAAAGUGGUACAAAAUAUGAAGUAUGCAGAGCAAUGGUACAGAGUACAGUACAAGGUGCAUCUGCUACUUAUGCUAAGGAAAUGGAACGACUUUCUGCUAAAGAAUCCUUACUUCUUGCUUUCAAAGAUGCUGGAGGCUUUGAGGCACUAAUUGCUGGAAGGACAUCAGAUAUGCAAAAGAUCGACGUAAAUGAGAGAAUAGUUGGCCUCGAGAGGCUUAAUCCCACACCCCGGCCUACAACUUCUCCAUUUCUGGAAGGUCGAUGGAACUUUGAGUGGAUUGGAUAUGGAAGCCCUGGAUUAUUUGCUGCUAGAUUAUUAUCCGAGAGGUUUCCUGCAACAUUAGUGAAUUUGUGUAAGAUGGAUUUGGUGAUUAAGGAUGGCAAUGCAAAGAUCACUGCAAAUAUGAAGUUUCUAAAUGCGAUAGAAAACAGUUUCACUUUAAGCACAAAGCUAACUGUGGAAGGCCCACUUAGAAUGAAGGAAGAAUAUACGGAAGGAGUGUUUGAAACUCCAAAAGUUGAUGAUGAGACGAUCCCGCAACAGCUAAAAGGCGUUUUGGGUCAAGCAGUUAACACCUUGCAACAACUUCCUUCACCAAUUAAAGAUGCCGUGUCUAGUGGUUUGACAGUUCCGUUAAAUGGGGCAUUUCAGAGGCUGUUUAUGAUUUCUUAUCUUGAUGAAGAGAUUCUAAUAAUCAGAGACACAACUGGAGUCCCAGAGGUGCUUACAAGAUUGGACGUGGCUCAAUCUCCCAUUGAUACCAUUGAAGAGUACGAAAGCUGACCAAGUUGAAAUAAAUAUGUAAGGUAUUUCAUUUAUUUGUUGAACCAAAAAUACCUGAGCACGAUAAUAUCAUCUUAAUUAUCCAUAUGGUCUUAUGAACCAAGUAUCGGGCUAUACAUGAGAUUCAUAAACUUUACAUUCUUAGCAAAUGUAGAUCUUAAGUGGAGUUCAAAA